GAUGUGUCCUUGUGCUGCAAUCGAUCCAGGAAACAGAUUACAGUCCCCACCAAGAUUCAGAUUUCCGUCUAACUUUGUCCUUUGUCUUCAGGGCUAUACCCAGUAUUGCAAAUACUAAAUUUUAAGCCUCCAGUUUUCCAAUUACAUUGUAUCAUUUAACUCUCUUUCCCCCCCCCCCUAUCUCUUUUUUAAGAACUUGGGUUGUCAAGAUUUCAUUAUGAAGAGUUUUUUUUUGUCCCUCUUACUUGUCUGUGUUCUGGGUAUGAACAGCUUCUCAGAAGUGCAGGGAAGGAAAUGGAAAGGUGAAGGUACGACAGAACACCUGGAAAGUAUUGUCAUUGGAAGAUGCUAUGAUUAUAUUAGAACUAUGAAUCCUUCUGUUGGUGAGAAGAAUUGUUCAGAAAUGUGGGAAGCAUUUAAAAACGCAUUUAUUAACAAGGAUCCUUGCAGUAUUCUACCUGAGGACUAUGAAUUAUUUAUCAACCUGUCAUUGCACACAAUUCCACCUAACAAGUCUCUGUUCUGGGAAAACAAUCAGCUGCUAGUCAAUAGCUUUGCUGACAGAGGCCGUCGCUACAUGUCUGUGGGUGACACCCUGUUUGGCUACUUUGCAGACUUUCUAAACUGGUGUGGACAGGCAAACAGCACUGAACUGGACUAUGAAUCUUGCCCUACCACGGAGGAAUGUGAAAACAAUGCAGUGGAAUCUUUCUGGAGGAUGGCAUCUAUCACUUAUGCACAGCAGAGUUCUGGGGUGAUACACGUCUUGUUGAAUGGUUCUGCAGCUGGAGGAGCUUAUCCAGAGCCAGGCUUUUUUGCAGAUUACGAAAUACCUAAUCUCCAGAAAGACAAAAUCACACAAAUUGUAAUCUGGGUUGUGGAUGAUAUUGAAGGACCAGAUAUAGAUUCUUGUGGAACUCAUACUGUACAGAUAUUAGAAAACAGGCUGAAAACCCUUGGUUAUGAUGUCACCUGCACUGACAAUUACAAGACUGUAGUGUUCUUACUCUGUCUGGAUUAUCCUGAUGAUUCUAAGUGCAUCCUUUCAUCGUUUUAAACCACUUCCCUCAAAGUUUUGUGAUGUGGGUACAUUCCUCAGCUGAGAAAACCUGGAUGAGAAGGCUUUUGGAAACCGUGUUUUUUUCCUUUCACCUAAGGGAUGCACAUACCAGUUCUCCAGUAUUACCACAUAAUGCUUGCAGGGGAGCAGCCACCCCUUUAUUUUCAUCCAUGGCAGUACUUAAAUUAACAUAAUCACUAGCAUGUUCUAAGCACCAGCCUCAUGCCCUUCUGGGGUGACUAAGCAACUCAGUUCUUAUAAUCUCCCUUAGAAGUUUCUUUUCUUCUUUCCUCCCUGAGGCCUCUGUUCCCCCCUGUAUGCAUGGCAAUGUAAUAAGCUUGAAGCACUUCAUAUCUGUGCUAUCCCUAAUCAAGAAAGAGCUUCCCACUCUGAAUACUAUCAUUGCUUCUCCCUGAAAUUUAAGUAGCCAAAAUACUUUGAGCCAAUGAAUACUUACACUCUUACCCAAAUCACUUCCUUCUCUUCAAUAAAUAACAUCUCAGUUGAAAUUAGCAGCCCUUUCAGAAAAAAACCUUAAGCAGAUGUAUAUAAAUGAUUUGAUGAUUAUCUUUUAGAUCUGUUUUCUCUGUGGAUGGAUCCCCACUCUCUGAUGGUCCAUUAACUGACAUGGGAACAGUUUGGUCAGUAGUAGUAUCACUAUUAAGAGUGUGUAUCUGUUGGGAAAAGCUUUCCUUUGCAGAGUGGGGGCUCAGUGCACACCCAGUGUUCAUAAAUAGUGAGGCCAGGCAUGCAGGCUCUGUUGCAUCCCCUUUCACCAUGGCUAUUUGCUGUUACAAGACUGAUAGAUGUCUUCUCAGCCUCCACAGAAUAAUGUCCCAAGCCCCAAAACAUAAAGAGUUGUGCAAGUGACUUCUUUUGUCACGGUGACUCCUGUCACAUUGGCCUACAAAGGAGAGGGCUGCGUCAGGGCAGCAGAGGGAUGGCCUAGAAGGUGCUGUAAUGUACCUGGGGCUUCUUAGGUAGUGACAGUGCCCCUUAGCUCCCCUCCAGACUUGAACUAUGUUGCUGCUGAGUCAAAAUUUGGACUUUGGCUUCUUGACACUUGUUUGAAGAAAACUUGUAAGUAACAAAAUACCCGCUAGAUGGCAUAGAUGGCUUACAAACAGAAGCCGAGAGGUCGCCAGAUGCAAGCUAUUAGUGGAGGUAUUUAUGACAGUAUUGCAAUGUCAGGGAGACUUAGAAAGGGAUCUGGAUACUGUAUCAAGUGCUGAAAAAAUAUAAACUUCUAGGACCACUGCUGUCUAGAAGAUCUCUAUACAAUGUCAAGCAUCAGGCCAGAGACAGUAAAUGGAUGUGGAGAGACAAGGAGGCUCAGCAAUUAAGUAAGAAGGAGCGUUCCCAGGGUUUGCACAGAUAUCCUGUUUAUAAAGUCAUGACAGCCAAAGGGAAUCUGGUGGUGAGCUCCUAUAAAGUGACUUCUAGCUUAGCACUUGGACUGCAAACUUCAUCCCUGGCAACAAACCCCUGAUAUUUAAAAGAAUCCUAACUCAGCUCUGUGCUGUGAACAUCCUUUUUGUUUUCUUUUCUUCAGAUCUGCACCAGCAGCACAAAGAGGACCCAUAUCUUCAGACAGAGGAGGCAGCUGGAACAAGCUCAUGUUUGUUUCUUUUGCAGGCUUUU